GCAAAUCCUAGAUGAGCAACAUAGAGCAUAGAACAUACAUGAUAAUAAUUCUUAUCAAAUCGUAUUUAUUCAUUACUCAGGGAAUUUACGGAAGACUGAGAUCAUUUAGAAGAAUCUAUGAUCUCUGAAGAUCUAUGCUUUCCACUAGAUUUUGAAGUGUGGCAUUCAGCCAGAAGAGCAUUAGUGAGAUCAGGCACUGAUGUUGGGCGAGGAGACCUCCAUACAGUCAGCAUUCCAGUUCAUCCCAGAAGUACUCAGUGGGGUUGAGUUCAGGGCUCUGUGCAGGCCACUUGAGUUCUUCCAGUACAAUCUUGGCAAACCAUGUCUUCAUGGAGCUCACUUUGUACACGGGGCAUUGUGAUGCUGUAACAGGUUUGGGCCUCUUAGUAACAGUGAAGGGAAAUCUUAAAGCUACAGCAUACAAAGACAUUCUAGACUAUUGUGUGCUUCCAACUUUGUGACAACAAUUUGGGGAAGAAUCACAUAUGGGUGUGGAUUAAAACUAAUAUAAAUAUAUAUAUAAAAAACUCAUCACAGGUUGCACUACAUAUUCUAAAGAUUUAGGAAAAUUGUUGAUUAAAUAUCUACGUAUGCUUUCAUCCGUUGCAACAUUUUUAAGUACCCUUAUUGCUCACAAGGUUUUUAAAGGCUUAUUUUUGUUUAAAGUGGCUUCAAAAUGGCCAUCAGGUGAGUUGAUAACCACAGUAGCAUAUGUUUUCUUACUAUGCCAGUUAAAAGUUACAUUUUUUUCUUCCAUCAGACUCUCUAUACUAGCAAGUAUACUUAAUUAAAUUCUAAGUAUGUGCCCUGAAAAAUGUGCUUAGCCAACAAAUUUCACUUUAAUUAUCAAAACAUGUUCAGGUCACUCAUCCUCUGCAACUCCAUUCUCACUUAUGUGUGAUGAUGAUAAUCAAAAUGAGAAGUUAUUUCCCAUUCUAAACUUAUCACUCUUUACAGUUUGUUGUUGUUUUUCUGUAAGCAGAUUAGGUUAUUAAUGUAGAGGUAGGCAGGGAGUCUUUCAGUGGAAGUGUGAUUUUUCUCCCUUUUCACAUUUAGUGCGAACCAGACUUUAAAAUGCUAGAACCGUAUGCAAAAUAGAAACAUAUUUUGGUUCAGGAAAGGCUAUAGUUUUCAGAACAUCCCAAGAGAUCAGCAGAAUGUGAAAUACACAAAUGUCAUGGUCAAAGUUACUGACAUCACAUUUUCCCCAUUCUGAUGUUUGACGUCAAUAUUAAUUGAAUCUCUUGGCCUGUAGCUGCAUGAUUUUAUGCGUUGCUUGGAUUGGAUAAUUGCAUGAAUGAUCAGGUGUACAGGUGUUCCUAAUAAAGUGGUUGGUGAAUGUAUUCAGUACAUUCUAUGUUUCAUAACUCCAUCUGUAAAACUACAUGUACUAAAUGAAACGUAUCUUAAAUAUAUUUUCAGUGCUAAUUUACUUUUGCUUGUUUACAUUUGGUGGCCAAAACAAAAACAUGAGAGUCUAGCAGAUUUUAAUAAAGUGUUAGACUUUGUUUCAUAUGCAACUGUCGGAUUUGUGAGACAUUUUGAGACUGAGGAGAUAAUUGCUUAGGAAAUGAGCAGAAAGUGCAAUUUACCUGCAGAAUGUGAUAGUCUCACAUGCCAAGUUUUCAGUGCUAUUAUUAAAAAAUCCUAAAGUAAAAUUAGUUCUUGUUGAGGUUUUCGAUAGGGGGUAGACUUUGAUUCAUAUGCAGUUUAUAUCUUUGUGAGAUAUUUUGAGAAUGAUGAGGUGAGGCAUCAGAAAGUAAUCAGAAGGAGAACUUUGCCAAUGAUAGUCUGAGACAUAGCCAUUAUUAUUUAUUAUUAUCCAUUCAUUUUCCAUACCACUUAUCCUAAACAGGGUUGCAGGGGAGCCUGGAGCCUAUCCCAGGGAACAAGGCAGGGGACACCCUGGACGGGGUGCAAACCCAUCACAGGACACAAUCUCACACCACAGAAAUGCUAGUCUGCCUAUAAUACAUGUCUUUGGACUGGGGGAGGAAACCAGAGUGCCCAGAGGAAACCCGUGAAGCACAGGGAGAACAUGCAAGCCCCCCCCCCACACACACACACACACACACACACACACGCACACGCACACAGGGCAGAGGCGGGAUUCGAACCUCCAACCUGGAGGUGUGAGGCAAACGUGCCAGCCACUAAGCCACCAUGCGCCCUCAUUUGUGUUUUGAUAGUGUGUUACACUGUGUCUAUGACUGUUGUGAUCAAAUCUGGAGGAUGCUUUGAGAAUGAGAUCUUUUCCCAUUUUUAUUCAGAGCCUUUAGUCUUGUACGACUGAUAUUAGAGCGCUUAUGGCGCCAUCUACAGGCGGCAGGCUGUAAAAUUACUGAACCUUUUAAGGUGAAGAGGAAACGUGGAAAAAGCACGUGGUCAGGCUGUACAUGAUGCGCGCGCGCCAAUAUUUUGAAACAGAGCGCGCGCUGAAGCUGUGACAGGUCUCACUACUACGCACUGUGCACCUUUCACAAGUAAAGUGAAACAACCUUGCCAUGCUUUAGCACACGUGUUUAACUCAGAGGCAACUUGAAUUGACUAAGUUGACGUCCGAAUCUCUUACCCAAGGCAGAACUGGUGGAUAAACAUGCUCUGUGCAUCAGAUAACAGAGGCCUCGUGGCCAUCAUCUUUUUCAUACUGGGCAUGGGAACACUUCUUCCAUGGAAUUUCUUCAUCACUGCCUUCGAUUAUUUCAAUGAACGCCUAAAUACAACAACGUCAAGCAAUGUUUCGGAAUCUGACCAGACCAGAGAUCCGUAUAUGUUCGACAACAUGUGUGUGCUGCUUUCCCAGCUACCUUUGCUGUUGUUCACAUUCCUGAACUCAUUUCUCUACCAGCAUAUUCCAGAAAGGAUGAGGAUAGCUGGCAGUAUGGUGUUCAUUUUACUGCUCUUCAUCCUCACAGCCACUUUAGUGAAAGUUAAAAUGGAACAGGAUCUUUUCUUCUCCAUCACAAUGGCAACCAUCUGGUUCAUCAACAUGUUUGGGGCAGUUCUUCAGGGCAGUCUCUUUGGUCUGGUUGGGAAGUUUCCCCCAAAAUAUAGCUCGUGGUUUAUGAGUGGCCAGGCCAUGGCUGGUAUCUUCUCUGCAGUCGCCAUGUUGAUGUCUAUGAUCUCUAAAACAGACAAUGAGAGUGCGGCUUUAGGCUACUUCAUCACUCCCUGUGCUGCCACACUCCUCACGCUGUGCUGUUACUCAGUGCUGCCUCACCUGAAAUUUGCUGGAGUAUAUUUAAAAGACGGAACUAGAAAUAAAGAGACUAUGCCAGAUUUGGAUCUAAAACAAAAGGAGAAUGUGACCUUGGUCAAAGUGAAUCCCACUGAUUCUGACUACACUCCAGACUGCACUGGUAAAAGCAUGUUAACUAACCCUGAUGCUGAAGCCUUCAAGACUGUGGAGAGAGCAGAGAAACAAGAAGAGAAGUCACCAGUGGUGGCAGUGUUUAAAAAGAUUUGGGUGAUGGCCUUGUGUGUGACGUGUGUUUUCGCAGUCACAUUGUCAGUUUUUCCAGCAAUCACUGUGUUGGUGAAGCCAAAUGGCCUGUUUACAGGAACACUGGCCGAUAUUUUUACACCCCUCUGUUGUUUCAUGGUCUUCAAUGUGAUGGACUGGAUUGGCCGAAGUGUCACAUCCAUUGUUCAGUGGCCCAGAAAGGACAGCUGUCUCUUCCCGAUCCUUGUGGCAGCUCGUAUGAUCUUCAUUCCUGCGCUCAUGCUGUGCAACAUUCCAUCUCGCACCUAUCUAUCAAGUCAUUUCAAACAUGAGUUUGCCUACAUAGUCAUCAUGUCAUUGUUUGCCAUGACAAAUGGAUAUUUUGCCUGUCUCUCCAUGUCCUAUGCUCCACAGUUGGUGAGGUCGAAGGAUGCAGAGACAGCUGGGGCUUUGAUGACCUUUUUCCUGGCUUUGGGACUGUCGCUUGGAGGUGCAUUCUCAUUUGUCUUGAAAAAACUGCUAUAGUUUUCAGUGAUCACUCACUGGUCAUGUUACUGCUAUUUGAGCAUCUAUUCUACUGUGUUGUGCUUUGAUUCAGAACAAAUUUUGAUGAUAUUCUAACAUUUCUGGCAUUGUUAGCACAGUAAUUCAACUUCAAAAAUAUUUGCAAAAUUAUACUGUAAUAUUUAUUCAUCAUUGGGGCCAGCUGACACUUCCUGGCACCUAAGGACCAUAAUUUCUUCAAACUGAUGAUUAUACUUCACCCAGGUGUAUCAUGUAAUCUUGAUGAUGUUGGCCAAGAGUAAUCAGAUAAUAUAGGGUGGUGUAACAAUUAAAUGGCAGCCCAUUAACAUUAUCCAAAAGGGAGACUUGUGUGAAUUUUUUUUUAUUAUUCUUUUUUAUGGGUGUAUUUUAUGGUGUGUUUUUUUUUUCCCCAAAGAAUAUUUUAGUCAGUGUUUUGAAUUAAUGUUGCACUGUAUAACUUUGUGUUUUUUUUAAAGCAGCUUUUUUUUUUAUGCUUUUAAUGAUUUUAUCCCUCGUAUGGGUUAUACUGUAUUCAUUUGAAUCAAGGUCAGUUUUAUGGUUUUUCACAUUUUUCUAAUAAAACUGUCGUGCCUGUCAGGUCAUGCAUUCACUACA